AUGGACGUAUGCGACCGGGAGAGUGUUGUUGCUGCUGCGUCUGAAACGGAAUGCCCAGUUAAAAGAGAGCGAGGGGCAGUGCGAGGAGCGAGCGGGCGGGCAGCCGGGGGGGGGAGGGUCACAGGCAGGCAGGUGGGUGGCCAAAGAGCAGAGAGAGUGGCCCAGCCCAGCCCAGCCCAGCCCAGUCACUCACUUCCCAGCCAGUUGCGGCCAGUCCAGCGCAGGCAGCGCAGCAAGCGCAGCGGGACCCGCCCCACGAGACUAGGCGAGGCGAGGCGAGGGCAGGCUUUCUUUGGUAGGUGUGUGGUUCUGCCUGAAAAGUUAGGUACACACACGCGCGGACGCACGCACACAAUCACGCACACUGGGCCUCACACCAAGAGCGGCGGCGGCGACGGGGGCGGCACACACCGUCAGCGGACUCACACAGCACCUACUCACUUUUACCUGCAGCACCCCCCAAAGCCCGUGGCCACAGGCCAAUCGCAGCCGAGGCAGGGCGGCGCGCCACCCACCGCCGUUUCACAGCAGCCACCUCACAGGCAGGCCCUGCGUGGGAUGUCAGUAUGGAUGCGCCGCUUGCACACACUCCAUCUCCGUUCCGCGGCUGUCCAUCCCAGAUUUCCGUUCCGGCUUGGCCUGCCUUGGCUUGCGUCGCUGCUGCUGUCACUCACUCGCUCACUCUGA